UCAAAAUCAUAUUUCAACUGUCAACCUAUAAUAAAAUGGGUGUGUUUGUAAACAGUUAUGUUUUUAAUUAAAGAACAAGGUUGAUCCAACAAAUUUCACUAUAUUAUGCCAUGCUAGAGUUCACGUAAAGGCAAUCAUGUCUCUAAAAAGUGCCGCUGAAAACUACUUUAGCUCUAUAAACCCAAUAGCGUCCCGCCUAUACAGUGAUUUGAAUGAAAUAAAAUCUUCCUAUGAAGACCUGUGGAACACCCUUCCCGAGAAGGAGCAGCAAGAAAUCCUUACUGAUAGCAUCAUCAAACCAGAAAUAUCAAUAAAAUACCUCAAAAAAGAGGAAAAACCACGUACUGAUUAUGCUGUUAAUUUCAUACACGACGGGACUUGUUCAUACAGAGACGAACAUUCAGGGCCUUUUAGUUUCAAAACUAGGAGCCAAAGGGAUCUUAGACUGUUCCACCCUGAAGAAAAACCAACUUCCAAGCCAGAAGCAAUGAGUAAAGCCAAAGCUAAGUCAAAGCCGUUUUCUGCGACCUAUCAGGAUGUGAAGUCGGAAGCCUUCGCUGAAGUCACAGAGGUGAACAAAAAUACAAAUUCCUUGCCAAAAACAGGUUUAGAUUUUUUGGAUAAUUGGUAAAGUUGAGGCUCUCUUGUUUAAGCUCAUUAUCUAUCUGAUUCUCAUUAUUCAAAGCUUUAUAUGAUACAUUUAUUUAUUGUUAUACUCAUGUUAGAUACAUAACUUGUAAUUGAAGUGUACUUGGGACAAAUAUUUAAACCACACUUUAGAUAGUUUGUGUUGUUAAAUCAAAUAAAAUACAUAAAUAUAAUAAAAAUAGAUCUGAAACUCUUCAUUUUUGAAUCUGAUGUUUUGGUUUUGUGCAUGGUUUAUUUUGUCUAGUGCACUUCAACUGAAACCAAAAAUAAAUAAUGUAAUUUUAAUAAUUUUGUUUGCUGUACUAUGUGUGGAAAAUUAUUUCAGUAGGAAGGCAGAUUUUUAUGUAUUUAGAAAUAUAAGUCUGAAUAUGAUUUUUCC